ACAGAGAAGUAUUGGCCAUUUUACCAAACCCCACAAAUGGCGCCAACUUGCCACAUGCAGCGGGUAAUGCCACUUGUCGCCCACGACCACGCCCCCAAAUUAAGCGAGUAAUAAGCGUGGCUGGCAGCAGUUAAAAAUAAAGUAAUAAAAGGAAAUCCUUCACGAGGGGAGGUCAAAAAUCAGGACUCUGCAGGAGCAAUUAAGGCAUGUGCAACGUCUCCAUCGUCUGGUCGACCGCAAAGGUUUCUAUGGCGCAGUAGCAUUACGUUGUGCCACAAUUGCAGCAACAACGGGAUCCGUAAAAAGCAGUUCAUUACGCAACACUCCUGGGUGACUUUUUGGGAAAAUGUCGGAGACCGUGGACACCGAGUUGCUGGUAAACUGCACAAUCCUGGCCGUCCGGCGAUUUGAGCUGAACAGCAUUGUGAACACCACGCUUCUGAGCAGCCUGAACAGGACCGAGGUGGUCGGUCUACUGUCGGGCAUCAUCGAGAAUCGGGAUAAUCUUGAGAACAUCAACGAGGCCAAAGACUUUCUCACCGAGUGCCUAUUUCCAUCGCCGACCCGGCCGUACGAGUUGCCAUGGGAGCAGAAAACGAUUUGGGCCAUCAUUUUCGGGCUGAUGAUGUUUGUGGCGAUUGCCGGCAAUGGGAUUGUUCUUUGGAUUGUAACAGGACAUCGCAGCAUGAGAACGGUCACAAAUUACUUCCUGCUGAACCUGAGCAUUGCCGACCUGCUGAUGUCGUCGCUGAACUGCGUCUUCAACUUUAUAUUCAUGGUGAAUUCGGAUUGGCCAUUCGGCUCGAUUUAUUGCACCAUCAAUAAUUUUGUGGCCAACGUCACGGUUUCCACAUCGGUCUUUACAUUGGUGGCCAUCAGCUUUGAUAGAUACAUCGCCAUUGUGCAUCCGCUGAAGCGGCGCACGUCGCGUCGGAAGGUGCGCUUCAUUCUGGUCCUGAUCUGGGCACUCAGCUGUGUCCUCUCGGCGCCCUGCCUGCUCUACUCCAGCAUCAUGACCAAGCACUAUUACAACGGAAAGUCGCGGACAGUUUGCUUUAUGAUGUGGCCAGAUGGACGAUAUCCCACCUCGAUGGCGGAUUAUGCCUACAACCUGAUCAUCCUGGUGUUGACCUAUGGAAUCCCCAUGAUUGUGAUGCUCAUCUGUUACACGUUAAUGGGUCGGGUCCUGUGGGGCAGCCGCUCCAUCGGCGAGAACACCGACCGCCAGAUGGAGUCUAUGAAGUCGAAGCGGAAGGUGGUGCGCAUGUUUAUCGCCAUCGUCUCGAUCUUUGCCAUUUGCUGGCUGCCGUACCACCUGUUCUUCAUCUAUGCCUACCACAACAACCACGUGGCAUCCACGAAGUACGUGCAGCACAUGUACCUUGGCUUCUACUGGCUGGCCAUGUCCAAUGCGAUGGUGAAUCCGAUAAUCUAUUACUGGAUGAACAAGAGGUUCCGCAUGUACUUCCAGCGGAUUAUAUGCUGCUGCUGCAUGGGCUUCACCCGCCACCGAUUCGACUCCCCGAAGAGCCGGCUGACGAACAAGAACAGCUCCAAUCGGCACACUCGAGCCGAGACCAAGAGUCAGUGGAAGCGCAGCACCAUGGAGACCCAGAUACAGGCCCCGCCCAUCACCCACACCAAUUCGUCUAAGGACAAGGAGCGGGAGAAGCACCUCCAGCAGGUUCAGACAGAGCUGCACCACAGGAAGGCGGUGGAGUGCAUCAUGGAGGGGCCGGGCGGAAACGCGGACGGGAACAGCUCCCCCCUCUGCCUCUCCAUCAACAACAGCAUGGGCGAGAGGCAGCGCGUGAAAAUCAAAUACAUCUCCUGUGACGAGGACAAUAAUCCUGUGGAGCACAGUCCCAAACAGCUGUGAUGUUGUCCUUUCCAGGCGGCCAAGGCUUGUGACUGCCAGGGAGUGUGAUUUCUCCGGCCCGGUAUCCUGGCGCGGGAAAUGCAAUUUGCCGUUGCGUUGUCCUUACCCUACUGUAUAUAUGCUCACUUUGAAAAGGAUGCAAGCAGGAUGGGUGGGUCGAUUUCAAAGGAUGCUCAUAGCUGCAAAAAUAUUCAAAUAUUUGUGAAAAUCUAAAAGGUUUCAAGUUCAAAGGUUUCGCUCCAAUAACAGAAUACUUUCUAAUCAAAAUGAUUCCUGUGGAAAUCUUUCGUCCAGUCUUUAGCCCUUACCUCGAAGUCCACCCACCCGACUGCAUCUCAAUGUCGAAUUUCCGGUUGUCAAAAGAAAAAAAAUAAACGAAAAAGAAAACUCUAUCCAAUAAAUUGAAUUUGUAUGUAUUUGUAUAAAGAAUCUAGAGACACUUUCACCAUCGAAGAGCUGUAAGUUUUAACUGUUGUAAACAUCCUAGCCUAAGACAUGUUUGUAAAUACAUCUAUAUGUAGU